AUGCCGUCCCCCCACGUUCCCUACAUCCGGCAAUGCCUCACCCUAGCCGAAAAGUCGCCUCCACGCCCGACGAACUUCCGCGUCGGCGCCCUCCUCAUCUCCCGCAAAGACAACGACCCCUCCAUGUCCGACGACCAGAUCCUAUCAACGGGCUACACAAUGGAACUGGCCGGCAAUACGCACGCCGAGCAAUGCUGUUUCGCCAACUACGCAGCCGUGCACAGCGUCCCCGAUGAGGAAGUCGCCUCAGUGCUCCCCGCCGAGCCGGGCCGAGCACUCGUGAUGUACGUGACGAUGGAGCCGUGCGGGAAACGGCUGUCUGGGAAUGCACCGUGUGUGCAGCGCAUUAUCAACACCCGCACGGCCGGUCGUCCGGGAAUUAAAAAGGUGUUUUUUGGGGUUAAGGAGCCUGGCACGUUUGUGGGUCAGUCCGAGGGGUGUCGACUGUUGACUGAGGCAGGGAUUGAGUGGGAGCAUAUCUCCGGUUUGGAGAAGCAGAUCUUGACGGUAGCGGUGGCCGGGCAUGACAAUCGGGAAGAGGAGAUUAGGGCAGCGUUGGGGGAUGCGGAUGCUAGUGAAGGGACGAGGAGUCACGAAGAACAGCCAAGGAAUCCGAAGAAGAGGAUGAUGGAAGGGGAGACGAGGAUUUAUUAG